AUGCCUCAAGUGGUGUGCAAGUGUAACUUGGACGAGCCUCUUCCAAUUCGUCACACCUAUCACCAGCUUGGAGAUGUUAACAUUGCUGGAAUUAUUUCUGUUUUCUCAACAUUUUCUGAUGCCAUUGAUUUCCAUCAACACCCUUCUCAGGCACUUCAAGAUGGAGUUAUAGUAUCCUUUCAGAAUUACCAGCAUAUACUUGCCCUAACAUUUGCUCUUAAAGAGAUCAAUGAAAAUACACAGAUCCUACCCAAUAUCACUCUGGGCUUCCAUCUUUAUAAUAGCAAUUCCAGUCCAAGUUGGACAUAUCUUGCCUCAAUGGUGCUUCUUUUCAACCAGGGCAGAUUCCUCCCCAACUACAUCUGUGGGGUCCCAAUCACUUUGGCUGCAGUUAUGGGGGGAUCAGACAUCUGUCUCUACAUGGCGACUAUUCUGUGCGUCUACAAAGUUCCUCAGUUGACCUAUGGCUCUGCUCCUCUUAUGGAUAAAGAGACUCAAGCAGUUUUCCUCCAACAAAUGUUUCCAGAUGAAUCCCACCAAUGUAAAGGCCUCCUCCAGUUAUUGCUGUAUUUUAGAUGGAUCUGGAUUGGAGUUCUUGUUGUGAAGGAUGACAAGGGAGAUAAAUUUGUCCAGGAGGUGCUCCCCACAUUUUCCCACCAGGGCAUCUGCUUUGAUUUCAUACAAGAGUUCCCUAGGGUAGAUUUUUAUAUUGAUUUUAAUGAUCUAAUAAAUGAAGGAGUCCAUAUAUACCAAGUUCUUAUGAACAGUACAGCCAAUGUCAUAGUCUUCUAUGGUGAAAUUGAAUCUAUAUCACUUCUGAGAACAUACCUCCAAUUAUCGGAAGUAGUGGAUAUACCAAAGAAGACAAAAAUCUGGGUUACAACCGCUCAAACUGAUUGCACUUCCAGUUCAUUUCAUAAAUCCUGGGACAUCCAUUUCCUACAUGGGGCUUUAUCCUUUGCAGUUCACACAAAAGAAGUCCAAGACUUCCAGGAAUUUAUUCAAAACCUAAAUCCAACUAAAAACCAUCAAGAUCAUUUUCAAAAAGAUUUUUGGGAACAGGCAUUCGAUUGUGUCUUCUCAAACUCAAAAAUGGAGAAAUCUGAGAAAAAAUGUACUGGACAGGAGAAGCUUGUGACCCUUCCUACAUCUGUGUUCGAAACACACAUGAGAGGCCAAAGCUACAAUAUUUACAAUGCAGUCUACACUGUGGCACAUGCUUUGCAAUCAUUGUAUUUAGCUAAAUUCAGGGGAAGAAUAAUAGCAAAAGGAUGGCAACAGUUUCAGAAGCACAAGUUGUGGUGGCAGCUUCAUUAUUUUCUGAGAAAUGCCAGAUUCAACAGCAGUGUUGGUGAAAAGAUUUCCUUUGAUAAAAAUGGAAAAAUCAUUGGUGGUUUUGAUAUUAUCAACUGGAUCACAUUCCCCAACCAGUCCUUUCUUAGGGUCAAAGUUGGAGCAAUAGAUCCUACAGUGCCUCCAGAUAAGUUCUUCAACAUCUCUGUGGAUUUUAUCACAUGGCCAGUAGGCUUUAAUCAGGGAUCACCUUUUUCUAGGUGCAAUGAUCCUUGUGAGGCAGGAUACAGCAAGGCCAAGAGAGAAGGAGAAUCAUUUUGCUGCUAUAAUUGCCUUCCAUGUCCAGAGGGGGAAAUAUCAAAGGAGAAAGACAUGGAUGACUGCUUUCAGUGUCCAGAAGACCAUUAUCCAAACCUUGACAAAAAUAUCUGUAUUCCAAAGCAGAUCACAUUUUUGUCCUAUGAAGAAGCCUUGGGGACCAGUCUGACUAUUCUUUCUCUUUGCUUUUUUUUAAUUGCAUCUUUGGUAAUCACAAUCUUCAUGAAACAUAAUGACACUCCCAUUGUCAAAGCCAACAACCGAAAUCUCACCUAUAUACUCCUGGUUUCCCUACUCCUCUCUUUCCUUUGUGUCUUUCUAUUUAUUGGAAGACCCAAUAAGGCUAUGUGUCUCCUUCGACAACCGGCUUUUGGCCUCAUCUUUUCUGUAGCAGUUUCUUGUGUAUUGGCCAAAACGUUUGUAGUGGUUCUAGCAUUCAUGGCCACCAAACCUGGUUCCAGAUUGAGGAAAUGGGUGGGGAGUAGAAUGGUUAGUUUCAUUCUUCUAUCUUGCUCUCUUGUUCAGAUAGGUUUUUGUGCUGUGUGGCUGAUAACAUCCCCACCAUACCCAGAUUUUGAUACACAGUCAAUGUCUGAAGAAGUGAUCAUAGAAUGCAGUGAAGGAUCGGUCACCAUGUUCUACUGUGUUUUGGGCUUUAUGGGUUUUCUUGCUCUCCUUAGCUUCUCUGCUGCUUUUCUAGCCAGGAAGUUACCUGACAGCUUCAAUGAAGCCAAAUUCAUCACCUUCAGCAUGUUGGUCUUCUGCAGUGUUUGGCUGUGCUUUAUUCCAACCUAUCUAAGCACAAGGGGAAAAUAUAUGCUGGCUGUGGAGAUCUUCUCCAUGAUCUCCUCCAGUGCUGGCUUACUGGUGUGUAUCUUUUUCCCCAAGUGUUUUAUAAUUAUGAUGAGACCUGAACUGAACAAUAAACAUCAGCUCAUGAAAAGAAAGUUUUAA